CAGAAGAAAGACACCGGUUCGUAGUUUUCAUUGGAUUUGUUGAUCGAUUGCCUUUUCCGAGAAAGUGCUCGAUUCUGAGAAUCCGGUUUUAAAGCCCAUCUCAUCGUGACUAGACAAAGAAUAUUGUUUAUUACUAGAACCCUUACAGUACGCUACAUGAGCGGAGAAUGGGGAUCUGGAGCAGGCAAGGGCGGUGGAUCAGGCGGCAGUGUCAGAGAUGCUGGUGGUAGUUUUGGCAAGAUGGAAGCGGCACAAGAAGAGCAGUAUUUCCGCAAACUGCAAGCUGCUCAGCUGAGUGCCCUACAUGACCAUCUGGAUGAGGAGAUCAAACACCACCAGAAGCAGAUUAACAAUCACAAGGACGCCAUUGAGAGGCACAAGAAGAAGAUAUCUCAGUUAAAAGAUGCAGGGGACAAGUAGUUCCACUGAAGGGAUAAAUACAUCAAUCUAUAGUACAAUGCUGGAAGAAACUGUGUCAAAUUCAAGAUCAGUACAACAGAAGCCAUAUCAUGGGAAAAUGAAAACAUCUGUCAUUGGGAAAAAUAUAUGGAGGCAUUGUCAGUUUUUUGUAAAUUAUCAGAAGUGAUUAUUUGAUAGUUUGAGUCAGAAGUCCUGAUUUAAAUGUUAGAUAUCCAAGAGUGUGUGUAUUUGUGUUCUCCUUGAGGAUGUGUGUAUGACUGCCCACUGUGGUUGUAUGGCAUUACAGAGUUCUGUGCCUCAACUAGGAAACAAUUCAAUAAUAAAUUUCACUGCAAA